AUGAAAAAUUCCAUUUGUUAACGAAAUCUUGUACAAAAUUUUAUUAUCGAUGGUGGAGCUUAUCGAGCGAAUGUAAACUAAUCAAUUUUGACAUCUCGAUAAUCAAGAUUACCUUCAUUUAAGAAUCCUCCUCCUAUUUCAACUCCAUCAUCUCCAAAAGAGUAGAAAAUGAUGUGGAAAACAAAUAUUGGUUUUUAAAAUGAUUUAUCUUUUAUUUCCAAUAGGAAUAAAAGUCCUGGUUAAUCAAGUUAAAAGAAAAGUUAUAGUCCUUAAUUAUAUUCGAUAACUCGCAAGCCUUUUUAAUUGUAGUUAGGAGGAGAUUAAUAAAUGUUGAAUCAUCAUUCUAAAUCAAAGGAGAAGAGACCUAUGAGGAACUCUAUCUACUCUUGAC